GCGGCGGCGGCGGUGGAAGCGAGGCCCCUCCCUCAGAUCGGAAGCUCCGGGGCUGAGGCUGGGGCUCGGACCUGACCCACCCUCUCCAGUCUCCAGCGCCAGCCCCAGCCCCGACCUCUUUCCUCGCGCCGCCGAAGGCCGGGCGGGGGCGGGACCGGGGUGCAGGCUGGGAGCGCAGAGCUGGACCCCGACCGGGAGGCGACCCCUAGUCAGGGAAGGCAAGCACCUCAGGCACCCCCUCCCCCUUCAAAAGACACACCCCAGUCUCAGGGCGGGGCGGGGUGCGGAGGCGCUCCCAGCCUCUGGAUGGCAAGACCUCGGUAUCCAGGCUGCACCUCCACCCGUGGCCUCUCCGAGGUGGCCCUCCUGUGGCUCUUUGGGCGGCUCACACCGAGGGUAGUUCCCGUCUCCGGGAACCCCGGGGUUCCUUUUGUCUCUAUCAGCUGAAACUAGGGGCCAGAACUGUAGGCAAACACCCACCAGCACUGAAGCACUCCGGUCCUUAUCCCUUUGCUGCCUCAGAAGGCAUUCUCCCCAGCAGCCUUUUCUCCGGCCACUGUAGUGGAUUCCAUUCCCGACCGUCAUGCCCAGACCUUCAUCCUUGGCGCAGAGAAGGAACGAUUCACGUUCUGUUUGUGUUGGGGUUUAUCAUUCAGAUAAGAAUAUUCCCCUCCCUCACUUUUUGAAAAACUACUUCCCAUCCGGCCGCAACCCUGGUAAUCUUCUAGAUUUCCCAAACUAUCCACAAAGAGAUGUGGCUACUGUAGGAACAGUCCUUGAACUGGCUGACUUGCAAGUGAAUAGUUCUUCCUUAACUGGAGCUGUUCUACCAAUCUAGUACGAAAGACCUUUUUGGCCAGAGUUAAGGAUGUUACUAUAGGCACAUAAGCAUUUCCCCCUCUCUCUGCAGUGAGGUUUUAAAAAUCUCGGGUAUCUUGACUGAAAUGUGUGGAGCAUAAUCAUAGAGGAAUAAAAAUAGAGACAGAAAAAUGUAAUUAUGACUUGAUGGGUAAAUUGUCCAACUUUUUGAAAGUGCCGAAGGUGAAGUAUAUGGACUUUUGAGAUCAAUUAAACUGGUAACUUGUAUCCUUGGUAAGUAAGCUUUUAAUUUAUGGUGUUUUGCACUAAGAUGUUUCUGUUUGUUUUAUUGUAGUUGCUUGUGGAAAUUGUUCAUUAUCCGGACGUCUUAAAACCAAGAAACCUGUGAACAGGUUCAUUAAGAAUCUACUGUCUUGAAAACACAUUUUAUUAAUGGUUUGAAUUAAAAAGGUGUUAACAGUAGUCUGUCAUUUCUGCCACAUAAAAGACCAUAAUCCGAAACAGUUCCCUGGCUGUUGCCCAGAUGCCUGGAACUGUCAAGGUCUAGUAUUUUGAAUGACUGUUCUUCAACAAGAAUUGUAGAGCUACCUAAGUACUGUGUAAGUGUAGUCUCUUUGAUGACAUUUACCGUAGUGGGCGCCUUUUCUGAAUCUAAUUUUCAGAUACACAGUUCACAGUUGGAAUCUGGAGGGACAUUUUGUACAGACUGAAAGAUUGGACUUUCUCUUCAGUUAUCCAGAUGUGUUGUCUCAUCUGUACACUUGAAACAUCCACAAUCACAUAAACUCCAGAUGUAGCCAUGGAGUUAUGUGAUCCAUCAAGACAUAGGAAGAGUGUUACAGAGUUUUGGAACUAGGCAUUUUUUCUGUCAGUUAAACAAUUAAACUGAUAUAUUCUCUGCUAAUCAAGAAUAAGGAGCCAGAUAAAGCCAUGCAUAUUCUAUUGGCAAGUGGACUCUGUGGCUGUUGAGUUUUCUGUCAUUCAAAGUCAACUUAAUAUGCAAGUUAUGCCUCAAUGGAUGUAAGGACCUGUGUUGAAGUAUCCAGAUUCUAGCCAAUGUCGAAGAUAAGAAACCUAUUAUGACUAAUCCGUGGGAAGAGAAAGUCUGCAAAAUGGCUCAAACCAGUUUACUGCAGGGGAAGCAGUUUUACUGUAGGGAGUGGGUUUUCCACAAGCUUCAGCAUUGCCUUCAGGAGAAAACUAACUGCUGCAAUAGUGCUGUCAACACACCAUCCCUUGUAAUGAAUUCUGGGAAUAAUGCUAGUGUUGUCUCUGGAAAAGGGGCUGCCUGGGGUGUGUUGUUGGUAGGAGGGCCUGGCAGUGGCAAGACGGCCCUGUGUACUGAGCUUUUGUGGCCAAGUUCACCUACAAGCGUGCAGAGAGGUUUACAUCGCCAAGCUUUGGCCUUUCAUUUCUGCAAAGCCCAGGACUCUGAUACUUUGUGUGUCGGAGGGUUUAUUAGAGGUCUUGUUGCCCAGAUCUGCCGCAGUGGACUACUCCAAGGAUACGAGGACAAGCUAAGGGAUCCAGCAGUCCAAAGUCUCCUACAACCUGGAGAAUGUGAGAGGAACCCAGCUGAAGCAUUUAAAAGGUGUGUUCUGCUCCCUCUUUUGGGAAUGAAGCCUCCCCAGCAAAGCCUCUAUCUGCUUGUUGAUUCUGUCGAUGAAGGGUGUAACGUUACUGAAGGUGAACACACGUCUACCAGCUUGUCUGGCACUGUUGCAGAGCUUUUAGCUGGUCACCAUGAAUUCUUUCCACCGUGGCUAUUGCUUCUCUGUUCUGCCCGAAAACAGAGUAAGGCUGUUACUAAAAUGUUUACCGGUUUUCGAAAAAUAAGUUUAGAUGACCUUCGAAAGGCAUAUAUUGUCAAGGAUGUUCAGCAGUACAUUCUUCAUCGUUUAGACCAAGAAGAAGCUUUGCGACAACACCUCACAAAAGAAACUGCAGAGAUGUUAAAUCAACUACACAUUAAAAGCAGUGGAUGCUUUCUUUAUCUAGAACGUGUUCUAGAUGGAGUUGUAGAAAAUUUUAUUAUGUUAAGAGAGAUCCGUGAUAUUCCAGGAACUCUAAAUGGUCUGUAUCUCUGGCUGUGUCAAAGACUUUUUGUAAGAAAACAAUUUGCAAAGGUUCAGCCUAUUUUAAAUGUUAUUCUUGCAGCCUGCCGACCUUUGACCAUAACGGAAUUAUAUCAUGCAGUAUGGACCAAAAAUAUGUCAUUAACCUUGGAAGACUUUCAACGCAAAUUAGAUGUCCUCUCCAAACUUCUUGUUGAUGGACUAGGAAACACUAAAAUACUGUUUCACUAUAGUUUUGCAGAGUGGCUUCUGGAUGUGAAACACUGUACUCAGAAAUAUUUAUGUAAUGCAGCAGAAGGACACAGAAUGUUGGCUAUGAGUUAUACCUGUCAAGCCAAGGAUUUAACACCACUGGAAGCACAAGAAUUUGCGUUGCACUUAAUUAAUUCAAACUUACAGUUAGAAACAGCUGAAUUAGCUCUGUGGAUGAUAUGGAAUGGUACACCUGUCCGAGACUCUCUGUCUACUUUAAUACCCAAGGAACAAGAAGUUCUACAGCUGUUGGUUAAAGCUGGGGCUCACGUCAACAGUGAAGACGAUCGCACAUCGUGCAUAGUCAGACAAGCCUUAGAAAGGGAAGAUUCCAUUCGGACAUUAUUAGAUAAUGGAGCUUCAGUAAAUCAGUGCGAUUCAAAUGGAAGAACAUUACUGGCUAAUGCUGCAUACAGUGGCAAUCUCGAUGUAGUGAAUUUACUUGUCUCUAGGGGAGCAGACUUAGAGAUAGAAGAUGCUCAUGGACAUACACCACUCACCCUAGCUGCUAGACAAGGACAUACCAAGGUGGUUAAUUGUUUGAUUGGGUGUGGAGCAAAUAUUAAUCAUACUGAUCAAGAUGGUUGGACAGCAUUAAGAUCUGCUGCCUGGGGUGGCCAUACUGAAGUCGUUUCGGCCCUACUUUAUGCUGGCGUAAAAGUGGAUUGUGCAGAUGCUGAUAGCCGAACAGCUUUAAGAGCAGCCGCGUGGGGAGGACAUGAGGAUAUUGUCCUGAAUUUGCUGCAACAUGGUGCUGAAGUCAACAAAGCUGAUAAUGAAGGCAGAACUGCUUUGAUAGCAGCAGCAUACAUGGGACAUAGAGAGAUUGUGGAACACCUACUGGACCAUGGAGCAGAAGUAAAUCACGAGGAUGUCGAUGGCCGGACUGCGCUCUCUGUGGCUGCACUUUGUGUGCCUGCAAGUAAAGGGCAUGCGUCAGUUGUUAGCCUUCUCAUCGAUCGAGGUGCUGAAGUAGAUCAUUGUGAUAAAGAUGGCAUGACUCCACUGCUGGUAGCUGCCUAUGAAGGACAUGUUGAUGUGGUUGACUUGCUUCUAGAGGGUGGAGCUGAUGUAGAUCACACAGACAACAAUGGCCGUACACCCCUUUUAGCAGCAGCAUCUAUGGGUCAUGCUUCAGUUGUAAACACGCUUUUGUUUUGGGGCGCAGCUGUGGAUAGUAUUGAUAGUGAAGGUAGGACAGUCCUCAGCAUAGCUUCAGCACAAGGAAAUGUUGAGGUGGUACGUACCCUACUGGAUAGGGGGUUAGAUGAAAAUCACAGAGAUGAUGCUGGAUGGACACCUUUGCACAUGGCAGCUUUUGAAGGUCACAGAUUAAUAUGUGAAGCACUUAUUGAGCAAGGUGCUAGAACAAAUGAGAUUGAUAAUGAUGGCAGAAUACCUUUCAUAUUAGCUUCACAAGAAGGUCAUUAUGAUUGUGUUCAAAUAUUAUUAGAAAGUAAAUCUAACAUUGAUCAAAGAGGUUAUGAUGGAAGAAACGCACUGCGGGUAGCUGCCUUAGAAGGACACAGGGACAUUGUUGAAUUACUUUUUAGCCAUGGAGCUGAUGUUAACUACAAAGAUGCUGAUGGUAGACCCACACUUUAUAUUUUGGCUUUAGAAAACCAACUUACAAUGGCUGAGUAUUUUUUAGAAAAUGGUGCAAAUGUAGAAGCAAGUGAUGCUGAAGGAAGGACAGCACUUCAUGUUUCCUGCUGGCAAGGCCAUUUGGAAAUGGUGCAGGUUCUGAUAACCUAUCAUGCUGACGUCAAUGCUUCAGACAACGAAAAGCGAUCUGCUUUGCAGUCUGCUGCCUGGCAAGGCCAUGUGAAAGUGGUUCAGCUUCUGAUUGAGCAUGGUGCCAUAGUUGACCAUACAUGUAAUCAAGGUGCAACUGCGCUCUGUAUUGCGGCCCAGGAAGGGCACAUUGAUGUUGUGCAGGUUUUAUUAGAACACAGUGCUGAUCCAAACCAUGCUGAUCAAUUUGGACGCACUGCUAUGCGUGUUGCAGCCAAAAAUGGACAUUCCCAAAUAAUUAAAUUAUUAGAAAAAUAUGGUGCAGCUAGUUUAAAUGGUUGUUCUCCAUCUCCUGUUCACACAAUGGAGCAAAAACCUCUCCAAUCGGUGUCUUCAAAAAUGCAGUCCUUAACAAUUAAAUCAAACAGCUCUGGUAGUACUGGUGGAGGGGAUAUGCAGCCUUCAUUGCGUGGUUUACCUAAUGGGCCAGGCCAUGCAUUCAGUUCUCCUUCAGAAUCUCCAGAUUCUACAGUUGAUCGUCAGAAGUCAUCAUUGUCGAACAACUCCCUGAAAAGCUCAAAAAACUCAUCUUUGAGAACUACUUCAUCUACAGCAACAGCUCAAACAGUGCCAAUCGACAGCUUUCAUAACUUGUCAUUCACAGAACAAAUUCAGCAGCAUUCAUUGCCACGUAGUAGAAGUCGACAGUCAGUUGUUUCCCCAUCGUCCACAACGCAGUCCUUAGGACAGAGUCAUAAUUCACCAAGUAGUGAGUUUGAGUGGAGUCAAGUAAAACCCAGUUUGAAGUCAACGAAAGCAAAUAAAGGAGGGAAAUCUGAAAAUUCUAACAAAUCUGGGUCUGGUGGGAAAAAAGCUAAACAGAGCAAUUCUUCACAGCCAAAGGUUUUAGAAUAUGAAAUGACACAGUUUGAUAAGAGAGGCCCCAUAGCCAACUCUGGGACUAGUGUACCAUCUAAACAAAUGCCAGCGGACUCUCAGUGCAAGAUUAUGAUACCUGCGAAUCAGCAGGAAAUUGGUCGCUCUCAACAGCAGUUUCUUAUUCACCAGCAAAGUGGGGAACAGAAGAAGAGAAAUGGAAUAAUGACAAAUCCAAAUUACCAUCUUCAAAGCAACCAGGUUUUUCUUGGUAGAGUUUCAGUCCCACGAACGAUACAAGAUAGAGGGCAUCAGGAGGUGUUAGAAGGGUAUCCUUCCUCAGAGACAGAAUUAAGCCUUAAACAAGCCCUGAAGCUUCAGAUUGAGGGCUCUGACCCUAGCUUCAACUACAAAAAGGAAACGCCAUUAUAAAAGUUUCCUAUUCUGUGAAACAGAAGACGUUAUGAUUGGAGUGGUCCUUAAAGCUACUGGAUGAAAACAUAAAAUGCCUGUUGAUUUGCUGGAAAAAAAAAAAAAUGAAGAAUUUGGUAUCUGCAGUACAGUUACCUUACUUACUGUCAUGUGCCUAAAUAGUAAGGCUGCCUUCUCAGCGUAACCCUCUGUGCUUAAGAAAUUUCAUUUCGUGUGCUUUGUAUUCACUACACAAGAAUAAGCACUUUUUUUUUUUAAUGCAGAUGUAUACUACAGUUCCCUGAUAAAAGCUGAAAAAAAUUUUUGAGUAAAGUAUUUUAAGUUAAGAUUUGAUAAAUGUGCAUGUGCCAUGGUCAAGUCUAUAUGAAAAGGCAGUGUUCUUUGUAUUUAUUUUUUUUUCUUUUUGUGGCAAAAGAAACUUAGGCAUAUUGUUUCAGUCACGUUUGCAUUGUUGUAGUGUAUGGACUGUUUUCUUGUAUCUUUAAAAAUAAUGUUGCUCAAUAAAGUAAAUUUUGCAACUGUUUUAUGUUCACUACAGCUGCAUUGGAUAAAAAUAAGUUUCUAUAUAGAUGCCAUAUUGAGGUAAAAAAUGGUUUAUUGAAUUUUUUUAAUUCUAGUAUUUUAGGGAGCUGCUGUAAGUAGUUUAAAUCUGGAUUUUCCAAGUAGAAUCCUCAUCUUUGCUAAAAGUGUCCAAAAUGGAAACAAACGCCAGAUUGCAGGCAGAACAAAGUUCUGUUUCAUUCACUGGGUUGCUAUUUCACCUUCCACUCACUUGUCACUCCACCUCCAAGAAGACAGACUAUCAUUCCUGAGGCGUGAAAAUUCUCAGGGAAAAAUCCAUGCCUCAGUUGCAUGUGUGUACAGAAGGCGAUGCACCUGAGGGUAGAUUUUGGAUCCCUGAACAAUUCAUUGACCCUAUGUCCCUCUUCCUUCCAGUUAAAGAACGUGUAAUUGACCAUUAUAACUGUUAAUGCUAGUUUCUCUCUCAGCGGCUUUUAUUUUGUAAAUCACUGCAUGACCAAAAGAGCCCCCACUCAAAGUCAGUUGGAUCAAUUUUGAUAGUUUAGUUGGAUGAAUAUUCUUGAUGAGAUAUGUACUGUCCUUCACAGAUUAUACCACUAACCCAUCCGUCGUAGCACACAUGUGUUUUUUUUAUUGUGAUUUGAUAAAUAAUAGUGAUGGAUUUGCACUGUUCUAUUUACAUACUCUUUCCUAGUCUUUUGACAGUUGCGUGCAGGGUGGCUCAAUGCCAGGGUUAAGGGGGAAGUCUCUGACCAAAAAAGCAAAGUUGACUGGUUCAACUGAGCAUGUGACCCGCAGCCUUGGCCUCCUGGAUGCACUUAAACCAGUGGUGCUAACGUUAGGUGGGUGGUGUGUGUAUGUCUGGAAAGAUUAGCACAGUUGUUUAGAAACCAAGGUUGUGGGUUUGAUCUUUGAAUGAGCGCUGUUAAUCUUAGAAAACAAACAAAAAAUUCUAUUCUUUCCAUUGCCGUCGAUGUGGAGGAAUGAAGAAAGAGAAUUUGGAGAUUCAGCACAAAGCCAUUGCUACUACCAGAAAAAUCUUUAUAA